CACUGGGGACUGCCCCCGGGGUCUCGCUCACCUUCAGCAGCGUCCACUGCCCUCCACACAGCGCUCUCCCGCCCGUCGCCUCUGCUCCUCGUGCGCCCGCGGACGCAACUUCGGCCUUGUGGACAUGGCUUCCUCAGACCCCCAAAUUGUCGUGGUGGCCCCUGGUGCUGUACCCGCGUCGACUCAAAUUCAACGCACUGAGGAUGGGGGAACUAUUAUCCGGCUAUUUUGGGUGGGUCCCAAAGGCGCGCUGCUUAGACGCACCCCGGCGAGCUCUGUUGUGCAGAUACCAAUGGGGAUCCCAAUGGGGAAGUCGAUGCUGGUGCUUCUUAUCUCUUUGGCCUUUGCCUCGUGCUGCAUCGCUGCUUACCGCCCCAGCGAGACCUUGUGUGGCGGGGAGCUGGUUGACACCCUCCAGUUUGUCUGCGGGGAUCGCGGCUUCUAUUUCAGCAGACCAACGAGCCGUGCCAACCGUCGCAGCCGUGGCAUCGUGGAGGAGUGUUGCUUCCGCAGCUGCGACCUGGCCCUCCUGGAGACUUACUGCGCCACCCCCGCCAAGUCCGAGAGGGACGUGUCGACCUCUCCGACCGUGCUUUCGGACGACGUCCCCAAACACCCCGUGGGCAAGUUUUUCCAAUAUGACACCUGGAGACAAUCCGCCCAACGCCUGCGCAGAGGCCUGCCUGCCCUCCUGCGUGCCCGCCGGGGUCGCAUGCUCGCCAGAGAGCUCGAAGCUUUCAGAGAGGCCAAGCGUCGUCCCCUGAUUGCCAUGUCAGCCAAAGACCCCGCCCACGGGGGAGCCUCUUCGGAGAAGUCCAUCAAUCAUCAGUGAACCAAAUUGUGUGGUAAUUCUGCAAUGUAGUGCCAUCAUCCUGUGACCUCCUCUUGACCAGGGACGGUUCCAUCAAGUCCCCCUCUAAGAUCUCUCUGCACCACUCCCUCCUCCAUGGUCCCCCCCUCCCCCAUGCCCCGCCUCCCCACAUCAGGCUGCCCCCCUCCUUGCCCCCUUCCAUCUCAGGCAAGGAAAUCUCAACAACUCUUUAAAACCAAACUGAUUGGCUCUAAACAACCCAAAAUUAUCCCACAAAGUUAUCUAUGCACGUAAAAUCUCUUUAAAACCAAACUGAUUGGCUCUAAACAACCCAAGUGACCCCCCACAGAAUUAUCUAUGCACGUAAAAACUCUUUAAAAUCAAACUGAUUGGCUCUAAACAUCCCAACUGAUCCCCUCAUUAUAUACGUACAUAAAAACACUUAACAACAUAUAGCCCCCUUAAAACAAAUCGGUUUUUUAGAAACAUCCAAAAUGCUUAUUAGCUUUUAAAAAUAAAAUAACUAAAGUAAUCAAUUGGCUGGAAAAAAUACUAAAAAGAAAUUGGUUUAGAAACAAUUGGCAAAAUAAAUGAAUUUGGCCCCACCCCCACCCUUUCAUCUCUGCCUGUUCCGAUCUUAAGUCAAAUUGGCUUGGACUUGGAUCUCGGAAACCAAGAGAAAGGAAAGGGGCUCAAAACUUCACAGUGGGCUUGUCGUUGUCUCAGUGUCUCCUCCAUCCUUCUCACCUGGGCACUUUUAGUGUAAGCUGGCUGUCAACAUCAACCGCCGACCAAACAUCCUUUACCGGCCUUUCCAUCGCAAAUGUCACCAUGUCACCAGGGGACUGGGUUGAGGGGCCCAGUAAGACGCAAGGAAUGGGAAAACUGCAAACAAAGCUUAAUUGGCACAAACCCCCACCUCCAAAAUCUCAUAUUUCUGUCCCUAUCCUAAAAACCACAUGCUCACACUCACCCUUGUGCACGUGCGCGUGCACACACACACACACACACACAGAGGCAGGCAUGCCCCACAAAAUUGGAUAAAAAAUGUUGAAAGGGCUGAGCAACUCCUAUUCGAACCAUGUUGCCCAGACAGGACCAAGGGCCACCCCAAAUUCCCUAAGCAGUUUGCAUGAUUUCAGGCCCUUCCCCAUAAUCCAGUUUCCGCUGUUUGUGGGUCCUGUGAGUUCCAUCUUUCACAGUGAGGGAAGUGUCCCACAAGGCUCACUCCUUCUCAGUGCCUGUCCCCAUGCCCCCCCCCAUGCCAAUGCCUCGUUCAUGCUGUGAAUUGGCCUUGCCCACGGAAUGAGUUUGGCCAGAUGGAGAUGACACUGCCGAGCAAGACAAGCUCCAGCAGCCUGGCCCUGGGUGUGCUCCUGGAAGAAAGACCUGGGGGACAUCCCCCGGGCACACCUAGGGGCCAUCUUUGCCAGUCUCCUGGGGAUUCCCCACUUUUUAGGGACUCCCCAGGCGACUGGCAAAGAUGGUGGGGAGUGUGGGAAGUCUGGCGGU